AUGUCUCCCCGCUACGUUUCCUCGUCGGUUGAAGGGGGGACUGACGGGAAUGUCCGUCGGGAUGGUGAUGUCUUCAUUCUUGCAAGUGAGUUAUUUUUUUUUGUUUUGGAAUUUCGGAAAAGCAUAAGAGAAAUGAUGUUUAUCAAAAACUCUUUUUCUUCCAGACUAGCAAAAACAUCAGGAACAGAAAAUUCUUUGUUCCAACACUUUUAUUGGAAAAUUGUUGAUCAAAAUUUAUACAGCCGACAGGAAAACCAAAUUAUCUACCCAUUUUUUUCUUAUUUUCGAAAAAUUAUCUCCAUUUAAUAUUACAGCAGCGUUUUUCCAGGUUUUUUUCUUCUAAUUUUUGGCUUUUUUUAACAUCUUCGAAAUAGAAAGCAAUCAUUACUUUGAUCUUUUUUUAAUUUUGAAAAUUUUAUUUUUUUAACUCAAGUAGUUUUUAGCCAUUUUGGUGAAAAAUGGUGAUGGACCCGAGUGGCAACAAGUCCGAUCGGGCAUUCUCCCACAUCAACAACAACAGAUGCAGUUCGGACAAGUUCCUGUGAGUUUUUUUCUUGUCGACAUUUGAAAAAAAUAGUAUUUUUUUAGAAAUGCUGGACGGGAUGGUGAUGAACCAUCAACAAAGGUGCCCACCGAAACCAUUUGGGGCGAGGAUGGCGGGGCUACAAAAAGAAAGGUAGUUCAUUUUAUUUUGAAAAAAAAGAUUCAUUCUUUUUUCCUGCUUCUUAACUUUGAAAAAAAAGUUGACUUAAGUAUUUCUGAAUGUUUGAAAUAAAAAUUUUUUUGUUCAGCCGUCUUGAGCGGGAUGGUGAUCUCGGGUAUCGGCGUGCGUCGGUCCUUGCACGGACAAAGGGCUCCAAGAAUUCUUUCAAUACUACUCUGGAGAAAAGGUAUAUCUUUGGAUCUGGGUUUCAUGUUUUACACGUUCAUAAGAAAGCUGUUGUAG